CUAUACUCAUUUUUUGUUUCAUUGCUGGUAUGGCCUGGUACUCUGUGCCUUCCCUUCUCUGUCUCCCCUUUAUGGCUCCAAUUUUCUAUCUGUUCCAUGCUUUUUACCUGAUUACCUCAAGCAAUGCUCAGGGACCACCUUCCCCUGGAUACUCGCCCAGCUCCAGGGUUAGUUCUGUGACCUUUAACCAAGGGUUUAGAAAUCGAUGGGGUCCUCAGCAUCAGAGACUGGACCAGGGUUCACUCACAAUCUGGCUUGAUAAAAGCUCAGGAAGUGGUUUCAAGUCAUUGCAGCCGUAUCGGUCUGGUUACUUUGGUGCUGCCAUGAAGCUCCAACCAGGUUAUACAGCAGGAGUCAUUACAUCUUUCUAUCUUUCAAACAAUGAAGAUCAUCCAGGAAACCAUGAUGAAAUCGAUAUUGAGUUCCUUGGAACAACACCAGAUAAGCCCUACACUCUGCAGACUAAUGUGUAUAUAAGAGGAAGUGGGGAUAGAAAUUUAAUUGGGAGGGAAAUGAGGUUUCAUCUAUGGUUUGAUCCAACACGAGACUACCAUAACUAUGCAAUUCUGUGGACCCUUAGUGAGAUUAUAUUUUUCGUAGAUGAUGUGCCAAUUAGGAUGUACACGAAGAAGACUGACGCCACGUUUCCCACUAGACCUAUGUGGGUAUAUGGAUCAAUAUGGGAUGCAUCGUCUUGGGCCACCGAGAAUGGAAGAUACAAGGCUAACUAUAGGUACCAGCCCUUUGUUGGUAAAUAUACAAACUUCAAACUCGGUGGUUGCACCACCAAUGGCCCAGCCUCUUGCCGCCCGCCCUCUGCCUCUCCCUCUGGCUCCGGUAGCCUUAGUCAACAACAGGUGAUGGCCAUGAAUUGGGUGCAAAGGAACUACAUGGUGUAUGACUAUUGCCACGACCCUAAGAGGGAUCAUACUCAGACGCCUGAGUGCUAAAUAAGACUACGAUUGAUUGUUAAAGAUUUG